AUGUGGUCACUCUUUAUGUUGAUGGCACUGCCAGGACUCCUUCAUGGCCAGCAGGCCUGUUCUCGAGGGGCCUGCUACCCUCCUGUUGGGGAUCUAUUGGUUGGAAGGACACGAUUCCUUAAAGCUUCUUCUACCUGUGGAAUGACGAAGCCUGAGACCUAUUGCACCCCAUAUGGCGAGUGGAAAAUGAAAUGUUGUAAGUGUGACUCCCGGCUGCCUCACGGUUACAACAGUCACCGGGUGGAGAAUGUGGUCUCCUCUUCUGGCCCCAUGCGUUGGUGGCAGUCCCAAAAUGAUGUGAGUCCUGUUUCUCUGCAGCUGAAUCUGGACAGGAAAUUCCAGCUCCAGGACAUUGUGCUGGACUUACAGGGGCCUCUUCCAGCGGGCAUGCUGAUCGAGCGAUCACCGGACUUUGGCAAGACUUGGAAGGUCUAUCAAUACCUGGCUCCCAACUGUGCUACCACCUUUCCCCAUUUCCGCCAGGGCCGGCCUCAGAACUGGCAGGACGUUCGGUGCCAGCCGCUGUCAACUCAGCACACAGGGCCAAACCGUGGGGGAAAGGUGCACCUCAACCUUUUGGACUUAGCAUCUGGGAUUCCAGCUUCUCAGAGUCAGAAGAUCCGUGGGUGUGACUGUAAUGGGCAUUCAGAGACAUGCCACUUUGACCCAGCUGUAUUUGCUGCCAGCCAGGGGGUGAGUGGGGGUGUCUGUGACAACUGCAGGGACCACACCGAAGGGAAGAACUGCGAGCGGUGUCAGCUGCACUACUUUCGGAACAGGCGCCCAGGUGUUCCCAUCCAGGAGACCUGCAUUCCUUGUGAGUGUGAUCCAGAUGGGGCAGUGCCUGGGGCCCCCUGUGACCCACUGACUGGACAGUGUGUGUGCAAAGAGAAUGUGCAAGGGGAACGCUGUGAUCUGUGCAAACCUGGCUUCACUGGACUCACCCAUGCCAACCCACAGGGCUGUAGUCGCUGUGACUGUAGCAUCCUGGGAUCUCGGAGAGACAUGCCCUGUGAUGAGGAGACGGGGCGCUGCCUCUGCUUGCCCAAUGUGGUGGGUCCAAAGUGUGAUCAAUGUGCUCCACAUUACUGGAAGGUGGCCAGUGGCCGGGGCUGUGAGCCAUGUAACUGUGACCCUCACAACUCCUACAGCCCCCAGUGUAACCAGUUCACAGGUCAGUGUCCAUGCCGGGAAGGAUUUGAUGGCCCAACAUGCAGUUCUGCAUCCAUCCGUCUGUGUCCUGAUCGGACCUAUGGAGAUACUGGUACAGAAUGUCGAGCCUGCGACUGUGACUUCCGGGGGACGGAGGGUCCCGGCUGUGACAAAGCCACAGGUCGAUGCUUAUGUCGCCCAGGCUUUGUUGGUCCCCGCUGCGACCAGUGCCAGAGAGGUUUCUGUGACAAUUAUCCUGUCUGUGUGGCCUGCCAUCCCUGCUUCGAGAAAUACGAUCGGAACCUUCGAGAGGAAGCCUUUCGUCUUAGGGCCCUGGUCAACACCACGGCUGGGCUCCGGCCAGGCUCUAGCCAAGGGGCGCACGGACUGGGCCCUCAGAUUGCGGAGGCAGAAAACAGCAUCCGACAGAUCCAGGCAAUUCUCAGAACGCCGUCGGUCACAGAGCAAGAGAUAACUGAGGUGGCAAAUGCCAUCUUCUCUAUCAGGAGAACCCUACAGAGUCUUUGGACAGAUCUGCCCUUAGAAGAGGAGACAGAUUCCCUUUCAGGAGAGCUGGAGAAUCUGGACAGAAGUCUUAAGCUCCUCCUCAUCCAAUAUCAGAACAAGAGAGAGCAGUUUGAGAGAAUUAGUAGCACAGAUCCUUCAGGUUCCUUAAGAAUGUUAACUUCUGCUUAUCAGAUGUCUUCCCAAGCUGCUCAACGUAUCGCUAGCAGCUCAAACUUGCUACUCCAAGCCAGUGACAGCCGGAGAGAAGCUGAAAGGCUGGAGAGGCAGGUGGAAGGAAGCGGGGGUGCUGGGGGACCACAGCUACAGACCCUGAGGCAACAAAUGGCUUCCUUUCCCAAUCUGACACCCACCAUCAAUAAGAUUUGUGGGACCACAAGGCAGGACACCUGUACCCCAGGACAGUGCCAAGGGAUUCUGUGUCCCCGAGACAAUGGUACAACCUGUGACCCUGAUUGUAGGGGCACCCUCCGUCGAGCAGGCAGUGCCUUUAGGACUGCUAAGCAGGUGUCCCAACAGCUCCAGGACUUCAAUGCUCAACUCCAGCGAACCAAGCAGAUGAUCAGAGCAGCAGAAGAAGCUGCCACUCAGAUCCAGACAGAUGCCCAGCUCUUAGAGACCCAGGUGAGCAAUAGCCGUUCUCAGAUGGAAGAGGAUGUCCGACGCACCCGUCUCCUCAUCCAGCAGGUCCGGGACUUUCUCACUGACCCCAGCACAGAUGCAGCCACCAUCCAGGAGAUUAGUGAGUCAGUUCUGGCCCUAUGGCUGCCCACGGACUCUGCCACCGUCCUUCGGAAGAUGAAUGAGAUCCAGGCCAUCGCAGCCAGAUUGCCUAAUGUGGAUUUGGUUCUGUCUCAGACCAAGCAGGAUGUUGCUCGAGCUCGGAAGCUCCAGGAGGAGGCAGAACUGGCCAGGAGCCGUGCCAUUGCUGUGGAGGGUCAGGUGGAAGAUGUGGUGGGGAACUUGCGCCAGGGCACAGUGGCACUUCAGGAGGCAGAGGAUACCAUGCAAGGCACCAGUCGCUCCCUAGGACUCCUGCAGGACCGGAUCACUGAGGUCCAGCAGGUUCUUGCUCCAACAGAAAGAAUGGUGACAGGCAUGACGGAGCAGCUGAGUGGCUUUAGGGACCGGAUCGAGCAGCUCCGCCUCAAGGUUGGAGAGCAGAGGGCACAGUCUGCCCAAGCCCAGAAGAUUGCCCAGGGGGCCAGUGAGCAAGCUCUAAGUGCUCAACAGGGAUUUGAGAGAGUGAAACAAAAAUAUGCAGAACUGAAGGACCGAAUGGGUCAGAGCCCCAUGCUGGGGGAGCAAGGGACCCGGAUCCUGAAUGUCAAGGCUGAGGCUGAAGAGCUCUUUGAGGAGACCAUGUCUAUGAUGGACAGGAUGAAAGCUAUGGAAGCAGAGCUGCUGCUGGGAAGCCAGGCUAUCACCCUGCGCUCCGCAGACCUGACUGGCUUGGAAAAGCAUGUGGAGAAGAUCCGGGACCACAUUAAUGAGCGAGUGCUCUACUAUGCCACCUGUCAAUGAUCCCUGCCACCCGCAAGCUCGGGGCCCUGCCUUAUUUUGCUUUUCCUUGGAGAGCAGGCUUUUUGCUUUCCAAGAAAUAGCCUAGAAGGCCUGGGUCUAGGUGAGCAUCUGGUCAGAUGAUUGGCAGUGGCAGCUGAGAGGAAGUGGACUGGACCACUGUGGCUUUGCCUUGGAAGCCAGCAAGGCUGGCCUUGUGAUUAGGGACAUCUCAGACAGAUACAGGCGGAAGCACUGAAUAUCGGAACCACUAUUGAGGAUGGAUGGACCAUAAGCAGUCACCAGCC